UUUAGAGAUCAAUCGAAUAAUAUUUCGCUAUAAUUUGACAUUUACAGAUUUAUUGUAAUGGCUACAAUGUUACUAAGAACAUAUAAAUCCUUUUCUAAGCUUGGCACUUACGUUCCUCAUACAAUUCGAAACUUGUCGACCACUAGACUUCUUAAAAGUGAACUUGUGGUUCAUCGUGAUAGUCCGGAUAAUAAUGCCAGCACGCCUUUUGAAUUUACCGAAGCUAACAUGUCGAGGAUAUGUGCGUUGAUUAAAAACUAUCCUGAGGGUUGCCAGCGAUCAGCCUUAUUUGGAGCAUUGGACAUUGUUCAAAGACAAAUCGGCUGGGUUCCUAUAUCAGCUAUGCACAAGGUCGCCGAAGUGCUUCGUAUACCACGAAUGAGAGUGUACGAGUGGGCAACGUUUUAUACGAUGUAUAAAAGGCGAUACAGAGGCAAGUAUAACAUUAAGGUUUGUGUAACGACACCAUGUAUGCUUCUCGGCUCUGACGUCAUUCUCCGUGCGGUAGAACAGGCCACAUGCUGCUACACUGGGAAACUGUCUCCAGAUGGAAUGUUCGGAGUGGACACGGUGCAGUGCCAGGGCGCAUGCGCGAACGCUCCUUUGAUGGUUGUCGACGAUGACUACUACGAGGAUGUCACAGUUUGCGACGUAUACAGAAUAAUUGAAACACUAAAGUGUGGAGGUAUUCCUCCAGCCGGACCACAAAGUGGGAGAUGUGCCGCGGAACCAAUAUCAGGACAAACGACAUUGCUUGAGUGUCCUCCACCACCAGGAUAUGGCAUUCAGGCAUCGCUGUGCAUGGGAUAAUUGCCUCCCAACUUGCUGAGAACAAAUAUUUCGGUAAACCGUAAAAUGGUCUUAAUGCAAUAAUCGAGGUAGACGUUCUAUCAUAUUCCCGAUGAUUUCACCCGUUAACAGCAUUAAUUUGGGAGACCACAUUAACACCUAACAACCGCUCUGUCAUAUGAACUUAGCCAUAAGUUUGUGAUUGAGUGACUAAGAGGAAUCAUUGUUUUGUUAUUUUUAAUUCGAGCUUGUUGAACAGAAAAUUUGCUGAUACCAGGACAUACAAAGGCAAGCAUAACUGACUUCAUUCUUGCAUAUUGUCUUAAAUUUGUGAUGUAGCUUAUUCCUUCUACUGAUUAAUAAAAUAUUUACGAUAA